UGUAGGCAAAGCGUUCCCGAAACAAUCGGCCUAAAAGCUGGCGGAUCGAGUCAAAUGACGACCAACAGCAACAACAACACGUCGUCUUCGUCUACUUCUCCUGUGCAAGUCAUCCCAGUGAAGACAGUCGAGGGGAUCAGGGCCCAUCCGGAUUAUCGGAUAUGGGACCAUGUAGUGGUCGGAGGUAUGUAUUUUUUGUAUUAUCACGUGGAGUUAUGUUCUGUCUGCCAUGAAAUGGGAUCCCACGGACCAAAAACAGAACGUGUUUGUUGAUUUGGUUCCUUGUUACUCACUCGCUCCUGCUGCACUGCACGGAUCGCAAAAUGACUCUUUGGUCCUAGAAGGAUACGAGACACUCGAAUCAGCAUGCCGACUGGCCCAGCAGCAUCCAAAUAGUACAGUCUUGGUUGUCAUGGAGGACGACAUUCGAUCAGGCGUCAUGCGGAGGGUCGUGCAGUGGAUCCAAAGGAUAUUGGGCGCUGAGGCACAGCGAUUGUGGACCCGGGAGGCCUUGAGGGCUGUACCUGUGCCCGCAAUAUCGGUAGCGACCAACAACAGCACUGUACCACGCGAAACUGAUGUCACGUUCAGCAAGGCAAGACCCAUAGAUUUAUCAUUGCUCCCGACCAACCUCUGUAUUGUCUCGAGUCUCUGCGCAACCAAGAUCUUGAUCGAUAAACCAGUCGUACCCCAGCCUGCCGCGGCCUCACCCUCCAAACAGACUGUGAGGCGCUUUAGCUCUUUCAAAAGCGAUCAUUUUCAUCAAAGCAACCUGACAAUUAACACUGCAUCGCUUACGCCGGCACGGACUGUCGGUCUCGAAGUUAAGGUCACCAAGGGGCUCAAAGAUGCAAGAUACCAGUUGUUUUGCAAGGACGGGAUUGUGUUUGCAAACAAUAAGCAUCCUCUAAUGCACUCGCUGAAUAAUACGACAACACCACCAACAUCUCGAGAUGGUCCGGCGAGGAGGCGCACAUCGUCGGUCACCUCAGAGGAUGUUUCCCAGUGGCCAAGGAUGGUGUUUUCAAUUACUAUGCAGCAUCUUCGCCAUCAAGGUCGUGGCAUAGGAAUUCAGAUAACGACUGCGUAUCAUCAGCUGUUGACAUCGGCAUCGCUUAUGCUGGAUCGACUCUUGAGGAGCAACAUUGGACAGCAAGGAAAUGCAUCAGAUGAGUCCCAGGCUGAGCAUAAUAACAUUAGCCUCCAGCCCGUGCUGCUCUAUCAGUCUGACAAGGUUGUACACAAUGUAAGGGUCGGACAUCAAUCGCAGGAGGGCGAUGAUACAGAUGAGAGUCUUAGACUGGAGAUUACUGCAUCGACCAAGUCGCUAGAGCCUUCAGCACCGAUUCAGAUUCAGGUCACGGUCGUGACGCAACCUGUGGCGCAGGACGCCUUUGGGAACACGGAGACAAUCCGCAAGGGCGAGGCAGUCUUGAUAGAGGGACUCGAUAUGGCGCGACAGAUGGCCAAGGCUGCAGGCUGGACCUGUUUAGCCGAGGACGAUUGUCAGAUGGUGGAGUGGGUGCGCGAUCAGAUGAGUAUCCAGUGGUCGAAUGAUUCUGUGGCCCGGUCGUCGACUUUGAUGCCGGUGUGCAGGGCUAUUGACGGGUUGUCGACGUUUGCGAGGUCGAGGACCUUUUCCAACGGUAACUCCAGAGUCAGGACACCGAACCUUUCGCCGUAUGCGUCUCGCACUCAGUCAUAUCGGGGAAAGAAGCACGAGGAGCUUGGAUUGGGCGAGAGGCGCGAUUCAACUUUGGAACGGUUGCAGGAGGUGACGAAUCAUUUGGAGAGGCAUGAGGAUAAGACUCAGGAGUCGGUCGAGAGUCAUUUACGUGCGAAGGUGACGAUUGCGGCAGUGGAGAAUCCGGCAUCACAGAGGCCAGGAUUGAAGACUUCGUUUGGAGGAUUCUCGUCAUUGAGUGAUUCACGGAUGGCGACGCUCGCACUGGCAGAGGCAACGGAGGAUCAUCUGGGGAUGGCACUGUCUAUUCCUAGCUCGCCGAACCCUCAGAAGGAACAACAACAGCAACAACAGCCGCAGGAGAUGCCUGAGUCGUUUAGUGAAGGGAUUGGGCCGCUGGAUUAUUUGAGCGGCGCCACAAAUAGUAAGCCUGCGACUCCGGAACUGAAGAAGUUAUCACGGUUCAGUAUCAAGAGCUACCGGAUGGAGCGAGAUAAGCAUGGAUUGAGCGACGAAUGGGCGAUCGGGGGAGGACUUGGCUUGAGUUUUGGUGGUGGAGGAGCGCCUGCAACGACUACGACUACGAGCGAUUUGCUUUCAACGCCACCGUUGGUUGCUGAUGUGGGGUUGGGGCUGGGGUUGGGGCUGGGACUGUCGGGUGUUGCAUCGCCAACGACGCCGAGUCCUGAACAUGUCCCGGCGCCAGACUUUUUGCGGGGGUUGGAUACGCCUAUGGGUGGCGUAAACGGUCGGAAGACGUCGUUUCAGUCGAAUCGGGGCAGCAGUCAGUACAACAGUCUGUUUGGUUCGAACCGUGGAAACAGCGAGGAGCAGGUGCUGUCGAGCAAUUUGACGCAGGACAGCAAUUUGAUUGAUAACUGUGGCCGAAGGAGUAUUAGCAGUUUCGGCAAUGGCCGUGGAAGCUUUGGCCUCAGUAGCAACAGCAGCGGCCCGUCAUCUUUAGAGGCGCCUGUGGAGUUGGUGCAUGACUUUUUGGGCGACAGCUUUGCGGUGCCGAGUCCGACCAAGUCUUCGCUGAUAUCGCGACCGAAAUCGGAGGCUAGGUUGGAUCGAGGGCUUUCUGCGCCGGUGACAACAGCGACAACGACGAAGACGGUUCAUUUCGCUGACAAUGAGGUAGGGAGCGGAAAGCUGCAGAGAGUGCAAUCUGAGCCGAUGAAGGCUUUUACGGCAGGUUCGGUCGAUGGUGUGCCUUACCGGCAGCAGGAUGAGACGCAUGGGUCGGGGUCAGGUUCGGGGGCGAGUUCGCCAGGUUCGGGGAUGUCAAAGUCGAAGGCGCAUACGAGGCGGUCGUGGGGCCAAGGUAUUGGUGGGAAGGAUAUUUUGGGCAUCCAGGGACUGGAGUAGUGGAAGGAAGAAGGCAGAAGGCAGAAUGUGUCCAUGUAAAAUAAUAUAACUGCUUCAAGUCGUGUCAACACGCAAAUUUGUGUGCACAAACUAAAAAGGUGUGGUUGUGUGGUAUCUGGUUGGGCGCAGCACAUGGACAUGCGGCCUAUACGCCUUUUAUCGAUGGACGCCGCGAAGUGAGCCACACUCUCCAACUUGCAAUCGGUUUGUCUUCAGAGCCCUAUUUUUUCUCUUCUUCAGUGUUUCAGCCAAUGUUCCUUGUGGGCCACACACAUUCUUGCGGACUAGUCUACUUCAAGUCAAUCAUUUUUGUCUUAAAAGCCCAUGGCUUUGCGCUGCUGUUCGAC